AUGUCUGCCCUGCAAGGCCCUGAAAGCAUCUUGAACAGCCCGGCUGCUACCACAGCCGCCGCGCAAUCACUCAAAAACACGACAACCAUCACCACAUCUGUACUCUCUCCGCGUGACCUUCUCGCCCUUCCCUUCCGGGGACUCUAUCAAGCAGAACAUUUUGCCUUCUCCACCUUGCCGAGACGCCUGGGAAGAUUGGUGGGAUUGCAGCAAAUGGCUACUCUAUUCGGGGGAGGUGGCGCCGGUGCGGCACCGGCCGGCGACGUGGCAGCUGCAACAGCCCAGGCUGCGAAUGUUGCUCGAGAAGGAGUGGCGGAGGCUGUCGGCCAGGCUGACACCGGAAGCCAUUUUGCCGAUAUACUUCAAGCGUUGAUCAGAUUCAGCGGCUUCUUUUCAUACCUCACCAGUCGGUGGUCACUGGCCUGCUUCACGACCUCCCCAGAUUACUCGCUUCUUCGCUACGGCUCACCCGGGAAGCGACUGCUGUUUGACUUUGGGGGAGGGGGAGGCUUCUUACAUUCCCUGGGAUCUACGCUUCUACCAUGGGAAACGGACGAACAAUCGUGCAGUGCGGUGCGCAUGAGUCGCCCUACGAGCGCGUCGGACUUCUCGCAUGGAUCGUUUGGCCUUCUGUGGCCGGUCUUUCUCCGCCUCUGUCUGAAUCAUUUCGUGGAUACUCUGUCGUGCGCGCUACAAGGAAGGGCUGUCGUGACGGAAUCUGGGAUGUCGAUCUUUGAGCAUUCGCUCGCGUUUGCCGAGGCUGAGUCGACAAUCACUCAAUCCCUUGGUCUGGGACUAUUCGGUCUGCCAAAGCAGAGUGCUAGCAAAGGAGACUCCGGCGAUGGUAGCCAAUCGGCUGCUCAAAUCUUGAGCAGAGCCCAAGUCUUGGAGCGGAUGAACGUCACGCCGGAAUUGCUUCUUAUCGCUCUAAUAUCGUGUUGCAACAGCCUAACAUCGAACGUGCUGGAUAUCCUUGGAAAGCAAAACCGUUAUCGCUUCUUCAACACCGCCUUCUGGGGUCUCUGCUUUAUGUCGACUAUGGCAUGGGGCUUACUCAACAGCUUGGCUGCGGCACCCGACGGUGUGGUGGUGAAGUUCCCAACGGUUUGCAUCGUGGGGUUUAUACCUCAUCUAGCCCUCUUCAUCGGUACUAUCAUUUGCGGGGUCAUCUACUCCAUCGCACUCGCCAUUACCUCCUUUUCGCUGCCUGUAGGCGAUUCUCCGCGACCGUCGCUUCGACAGCGGUUUGCUGUGGCCCAUGAGAACAUGCAAGGCGCCUCGCAGAUCCAAAAUCUUCGCUUCAAUCGACACGAGGACUUUUACACUGCUCUGCUUCGAACCGGAUACACCGCUAUGUUUGCUGCCAGUGAGGCAGUCUUCUUGAACGAAGGCCAAGGGGUGGUUGCUCGAGAGAUGACGUGGUUGGAGGAGGAUCGCCUCGCAGAGAUUGAGUCGUCCCGACGAAGACACCGACCUCGCGAGAGUUGGGCUACUGAGGCUCAAGGUGCGCCGUUCGAAGGCGCGGACACCAUGAAUUUCGACUCGCUCCAGGCACCGCCGCCUGAGUGGGAGAGUGGAUAUGGUCGGGAGAAGAAAAUUGAGAAACCUAGAAAUGGCUCUCGAUCAGUACGUUCUAGGACUGAUGCAGGUGGCGUCGGUGUAUUGCGGGGAGCGAUCCGAUGGUACCAUGGAUUCUCUUUCUUCCGAGGAAUCUUCUAUCUUCUUUUAGGGUGGCUGGCCCGCGGCUUAGACAAGUUGCUCAACAAGUUUGGCAUCGCGGCACGCCCACAGUGGCUAGCGAAGCUUAUAGGGCCUCGCCGAAAGGGGGUUCAGGAGAGAGAAACCGGCGGUAAGGUCGAAUCGUACGACUUCUGGAUCCUGACGGAAGACGGCGAGCUAGAGCUACCGGGGGAUCACGAGUUCGAUGUCGAACGAGAGAUGCGUAAGCGGGAGCGUUCGAAUACCGCGGACUGGAAACCGACAGAUGAAGGGCGACUCGACGAAACGCUCUAUAGCUGGUGGAAAGCCGGGGGCUCGUGGGGAAACCAAGAUCACAGUGCCGACUACGUCCCGUCUGUCGAAGAUGUGGACGACACGACUAGCGUCGUCUCAAUGUCUACAGUGGCCGAUUCCGAAUGGGAGGACGAAUCCGAUGGUCGCCGGACACCCACGCUGGCCGAGCCUUUCCCACCCGGAUUCUCUCGGGAAAGCACGCCGGCUCAAGAAUCGCUCAUGGACGUCAGCUCUUUUGCGCGCCUUCUCGACCCGCGGGACCAGGAAAGUAGACAAGAGGCGCGCAUUCUCGCCGCGCAUCUCUCCGCUGGGCAGGAGGGUCGGGUUCUGACUCGCCGUCGGUUCCGAGAACAGGUGGAGCGCGAGCGAGCCCAGAUUCUCAUUUCCUCUAGGACGUCUCACCUGGUCGCUCAGACGUCGAGCAAUGAGAAACGAAGACCCACGCCGGAAGAAGAGAGCGAUAUUUUAGAAAAGCUCAUCCUCUCGCGUCGCUCUCAAGCAGCACCCGUUGACGGACAAACAUGGGAAUCCGGAGCCUCCGGGCUUGGACCUAGUGGGCCUCCCUGCGUGGUUUGCCGGAUGAACUCGCGAUCUAUUAUCACCUGGCCUUGUCGAUGUCUCUGCGUGUGUGAGGAGUGUCGGGUCAAUCUGGCUAUGAAUAAUUACGGAAGUUGUGUGACUUGUCGGCAGGAAGUUGGAGGAUUUGUGCGACUAUGGGUGCCAUAG